CCUUAUACAAUUCCAACUAUUUCAUAAGAAUUUCCAAUUAGAGUAACAAACUAACAAUAAUGGCGGAUGAAGUGAUCCUUCUUGAUUACUGGCCGAGUCCAUUCGGAAUAAGAGCAAGAAUCGCGCUAAGAGAGAAAGGAGUUGAGUUUGAGUCCAGAGAAGAGAAUCUGAGAGACAAGAGCCCUUUGCUUCUUCAGAUGAAUCCGGUUCACAAGAAGAUCCCGGUUCUCAUCCACAAUGGUAAACCGGUUUGUGAUUCCAUGAACGUUGUCCAGUACAUCGACGAGUUCUGGUCCGACAGAAACCCUAUCCUUCCUUCCGAUCCUUACCAAAGAGCUCAAGCCAGGUUCUGGGUCGAUUUCGUUGACACCAAGUUGUUCGAGCCAGCGGAUCAGCUCUGGCAAACGAAAGGCGAGGAGCAAGAGACAGCUAAGAAAGACUAUAUCGAAGCACUCAAGAUUCUUGAAUCUGAGCUUGGAGACAAACCUUACUUUGGUGGAGAUACCUUCGGGUUUGUAGACAUUGCCAUGACUGGAUAUUACAGCUGGUUCGAAGCAUCAGAGAAAUUAGCUAACUUCAGCAUCGAACCAGAGUGUCCCAUACUGAUGGCUUCUGCCAAGAGGUGUUUGCAGAGAGAAAGCGUGGUUAAGUCCCUCCAUGAUUCUGAGAAGAUCCUUGAGCUUGCCUAUAAGCUUAGGAAGAUAUAUUGUGUCUAAUAAUAGUCUUAUUGAUUCCACCAUUUUCUAUGUUCACUGUCUUUUUUUUUUUAAGUUUAUUGUUUGUGUUCUGUGAAUAUUGUCCCCCUUCUUUUUUAUUUCACCAAAUAAGAUCUGUUUCUUGUCACAAGAAGAUGGUUCCUCGAUUUAAAUAGGACUUAAGUGUUGUGCCUAGGCUUAUAAAAAAAUCUUAAGGCAAUUUUAUAAGUCUAGCACUUGUUAUAAAAGUGAAAAAAGGUUUCAGAACA